AUGCCGCUGGUGGAGGUGUUUGCCCGGGAGGAGGAUAUGCCCAAGAUCAAGGCGGCUGAGUUGUGCCACUUCCUUCAGGAUCACUUUGCAGUGGAGCCCGGCGUGGUGCAAGUGAUGAUGAGCGUGGUAAAGGACCUGGCACCUGAGCCAGUGUACUUGAGCAUCCGCGCCAAGGGCACUCCGCCUCGCCGAGAGAAGGUUGCGGACCUGCUGGCAGGGAUUGGAAGGUACUUGGACUCGAAGGGCCUGGGCCGUGGGAAGAUUCGCAUCGAACUCUUUGAGCCAUCGCAGCAAGCGGCCGGGGAACCCUGGGGGAAGCGGCCGAAGCGAGAGUCUUGA